GGGAAAGAAAGAAAGAAAGAAAAAGAAGCAGGGAGAGGAGUCUUUCCUCCCUCUCCUCCCCCCAUCUAUUCCGUCCUACCCAGCCACCAAGGGGGAUAAAUUAUUUCCAGCCAUAGCGUUUUUCUACCUCAUCUCCCCCCCCUUUCUCCCGCCGCCCCAACGCCUCCGUGUCUGCUCCUCCGUUGGACUCCCUCCCGAGAGUGGCAGACGACCGAGCAACUGCGGGGCGCGCGGGUGGGCGGACGGCGCGCGCCCUCCUCGCCUUGCCUCGCCUCGCCUCGCCUGGCUCCCCGCACAAGUUGCCCUCAGGAGGGCGCGUUGGGCGGGAAAAGAGCUGCUGCUGCUGCCGCUGCCUCCCUUUCAGUCCAAGCUACCGGCGCGGGGCUUUAAGAAGGUGUGGAGAGAGAGAGAGAGAGAGCGGGGAGGGAGGCGGCUGCUGAGGAGAGAGAGAGAGAGAGAAAGAGGGAGCGCUCGCUUCUCUCACUUCACCGGGCAGGGCUGGGAGCGCGACUCGGGGAGAGCGGGCAGCAGAAGAGGCGGCGGCGGUUGAACCUGCCAAACUUCGCGAACCGCCGGCGUUCCUCUCAAACUUAGCCAGCCGGGUCUCUCCUCUUCUUCCCUGCCCCAUCCCGCGUCCCCCUCUGAAUGACCGUGAGGAGCUGGCGGCGACAGGAGCAGCCAGCAGCAGCAGCAGCAGAGCAUGGAGCUGAAGCGGAGCCCGCCGUCCGCGCCUUCCCCAUCCCGGAGUUUGUGUCCAAGACGCCGGACUUGCUCCCCCUCGCUGGCGCUGCUCCUGGGGGUCGCGCUCUCCCUGUCCCAGGUGGCCACGGCGGCCGUGGGGUAUUACCCGCGGUUCUCGCCCUUCUUCUUCCUCUGCACUCACCACGGGGAGUUGGAAGGGGAUGGGGAGCAAGGAGAGGUGCUCAUCUCCCUCCACAUUGCUGGGAACCCAACCUUCUACGUGCCGGGACAAGAAUAUCACGUGACUAUUUCAACAAGUACCUUUUUUGAUGGCCUACUGGUCACAGGGCUUUAUACAUCUACAAGUGUUCAAGCUUCACAGAGUAUUGGCGGGUCCAGUGCUUUUGGAUUUGGAAUAAUGUCUGAUCACCAGUUUGGGAAUCAGUUCAUGUGCAGUGUGGUUGCAUCUCAUGUGAGCCAUCUACCAACAACAAAUCUCAGUUUUGUUUGGAUUGCCCCACCUGCAGGAACAGGCUGUGUGAAUUUCAUGUAA